AUGGCGCAGUCGAAGAAAAAGAGAACGUCGGGUAUGUUUGACUUCGAUAAUAUGCUAUCAAAGUUUGAAGAGGAAAAGAGAAAUCUCAAUACUGUUCGUGAGCGGCUGAAAGCUGUGAACAAAGUUGACCUAGUACGAUUAAUGUCGGACGCGUGUAUGCUAAUGGAGGACGAAGCUCUUCAGUUGUUAGCUGCUAAACUUUCAAUCGAAGGACUGUUGAACCUACGUAACGCCGUUCAACACGUUCCAAAGAAUAUUCCACGUGUUGUGAACGGCGUCUCUUUGCGAUCAACUUUCAUGUUUACGACGUUCAAGAGUUUGCCUUCACAGCAUAUGGGAAUUAAAAAUAUGUCGAUGGAGGACUUCCAGACGUAUGUAAAAUUUGUGGAAACCUACUGCCCCAUCUUUCUUUCUGAGAAGAAAGAAUGUGAUAAUCUGUGGAAGCUUACACAAGCGCAGCACUUGCCAUACAAUACAUUUUUGACACCACCUGUGGCCAGAUGCGUUCAAUGUCAGAAAGAUCUCACUGUACGAAAUAAUCCAUCGAAAGCUAAACUAUUCACGUUAGAAGGACCCAUACCAUGCACGAAAAUUACGUUAGAAUGUAGAUGUUGCGCUUACGUGUAUGGAAUAUGCAAUUACAGUGACGAAUCAGGAUCUCGCUUUUACCCGUCUACAUAUAACAUUGAGCUCAUCGAAGUAAGCAAUGUGACCUACUUUGAUGCAAAACUAUACAAGUGGUUUCCUUCUUUGAG